ACGGCCUUCAAGAGCAGUGUGCUGAAUCCCACAAUCACAACGAAGAUGCGGCGUUUUGUCUUCUUGGUUUCUGUCAUCGUAGGUUGUGUCAUCUGCGAGGACACUCCUGAUAUUCCCGAUUUCUUGGAGAAAGGGAUAUGCGCCAAAGUAGGAGUCUUCCCGAAAUUCGAUUUGCGACGGUACAGCGGACGUUGGUACCAGACGGAGAUCAUCAGGAACGCCUACCAGCCUUACACCAAAUGCAUCAACUCCUUCUACGAUUACUCGGAGCCCAUGUUCGGAUUCAAAGUCAGGACGGCAGGUUUCAGCCCUGAGGGAGAACACAAGAAACUGGAGGGGAAAAUCUACCCAACCAAAGACUUCCCUGCAAGCCACAUGUUGAUCGAUUUCCCCACAGUCAUGGGGUGGCCUUAUGAGGUGGUCGACACCGACUACGACACCUACUCCUGCGCCUACUCCUGCGUCGACUGGAACGCCUACAAGACGGAGUUCGCCUUCGUCUUCUCUAGGUCUCCUGAGAACAAUGGACCCGCUACUGCCAAGUGCAAGGCGGUCUUCACAAAGCACGGAAUCGACUUCUCUAAAUUCCUCACAGUUCCCCACACCGACGAUUGCGUUUACAGAGCCUAGGAGGUUGAAGCAAAUGACGUUUCAAAAGAUAAUGUUCUUCACUCAACAAAGCCAUCAAUUAUGAAAGCUCUUUAGGCUCAUUUAUGUAUAUAUAUAUUUUUUUUCGGAUAUAUAUUCAAUAAAAGUAUUUCGUUAUA